AUGGAGAGCACAGAGGUGGAGUCAGAUAUCCUGCGCCGCGUCCGCACGCUGCUGCGAGAACUGGAUGGGCACCACCCCACCUGCCAGUGUGACCGAGGGAUGCUGCGAUGGACCCUGCAUAAAAAGAUUGACCAGAAUCCCAGUAACAGCUCCGUCUUGGUCAGGAUCCUGGUGAAGGAGCUGGAAAGGGCAGAGCGAGGUGACUUCAGACAUUACAUCAUCCCCUUGCUGCACACACUGAUGUACACCUUGAUAAAGGCUCCUUCCAUCUCUGAUGAGCUCUGCAGCAGAGUGUACGAUUUCUGUAAGAAGCUGCUCACCCUGCCCAAGCCUUUCUGCACCAUUGGUUUGGACUAUGCUGUCAGGCUGAAGAUGGAAAGGACAGCACCAGGGAUGUUGUACCAAAGGAUGGUCAUUUCUGAGCAAAGUCUCAAAAGCGACCCGUACCCUUAUCAGGAAAAGAUUUUCAUCUUUGCCGAUCCAGAGCUGCUCUCUGAAGCCAUCUGCAAUGCGCUGGUCACCGACACGGAGGCAGCUCAGGUGUCCCAGAGUCCCCGGGUGUGCAUGUGCUACGUGAUCAUCCAUGCCAUGCAGGCAGCCCUGGGCGAGGACUGCAACGUCAGCGGCUUGAAGGCAAGCCUCCAGGAUAUGCCCACAAGCGAGGUGGAGCACUGGUUCCGGCAAGUGGUGGUGGCAGUCGAGUGUGCAGGGAGCGAGGCGAGCACAGACCGUGGCCAGCACACCGCGAGGCUGGAGAAGAUCUACCGUGCCGUGCUCAGCCCUCUGCAAGCAGGCGAUGCUCCUCUGGGAGGACUGCAGGGUACCCCUCUGCCCAACCCCAGCAUCAGCUUUCACCUCUGGACAGAAGACGACCAGCUCUGGAAGGAGUUGGUCCUGUUCAUCCGCCCGCUGGCACAGAGCUGUGAGCCUUACUGCCUAAGCCAGGACCUGGACAACUUCGAGAUCCAGGACAUCAUUUCGGACUGUGAGUGCUGUGAGCAGACCCGCUUCUCCGUGCUCUCCACUGACAGUGGCAUUGAACGCGACCUGCCCACGGCAAUCGAGGAGCCCUUUGUCCCUUGCAGCACUGAAACGGAGCAAUCCCGGCUCCACAGGAAGGGUGGCAUUAAAAAAAAGCUGUCGCCACUGGAGAGUGUGGCCUUCCUGCAGGCUGGCUGCAACGGUCCCGGGGCCAAGUCCCCAGUGAAGCUGCAGAGGAGACCGGGCAUCCCUCCGGAGCCUGCGGCCCCGCUCCAGCGGCUGCACACUGCCCGCAUCGUGGUGCUGGGGGACGACCGGAUCCUGGGGCGCCUGGCCCAAGCCUACCACUCUUUGAGGAAACGAGAAACACGUCGAGUUUUCCUGACUCCCAGGCUGAACCUGCAGUUCUACCACAUCCCAGUCGUGACGGGGCAGUCAAACCCCUCGGCUGUUUCGGACCACGCUGCCAGUGGCCAGGAGGAGCUCUGCGAGGUGGCCGGGUACCUGAGCAGAGCUGACCCAUGGUACGAGAGCAACAUCAACGCACUGUGCCACGUGAUUCCCAAGCUGGCCGCCAUGCCUUCCUCUCCGAGCAAACACCUUGUGACUGAUCUGUUCAUCACUGAUGUGAUUGCUUACUACGUUCGCAUGGGCAUCCAGCCCGUCUGCUUCCAGGUCUACGCGGUGAAGAUUUUCUUCAAUGACGUGGGGCAGGAGCCAGCCGAGGACGUGUUCCUCACGGAGCUGCGCACCCAAGUGCAGGAGAGCAUCUCCCACAGAGAGUUAAGCACGACCAAGAAGAAAGCGACCCUGGAUGGCCCUGGCAUAGAUCUCACAGUAACAUACACAAAGGUCGUGGUGAGCGAGCGGGCGAAGGAGCUGGCUAUGUCCCUGCGCUCCACAGGUCUGGUGAUGAAAGCCAUCCCUGCCAAUGAGGCUGAAGACGUGGUGUGUCUGAAUGUGAACAUCACUGAAAUCGUUAGGACCAACAACUUGUCAGGACGAUCGUUCUCAGCUGUGGCAAACAAGUUGAAAACACGCAAUAUCAAAAUCAGGAGCACAGAGCAGAGGCCCUUCACAGUGUGUCUGGACAAAGACAACAGAAAAGCCUACAGGAACGUGAUCAGCGUGGAAGUGUCUCCUUGCUUGGAGCCCAGCUACUGCUUGCAAAAGACAAGGACAACGAAAUUCAACCUGCAUGAAACUGAAGAUGUGGGGCUUGUGAAAUUCAUGCCCAAAUCUCUGCUGCUGCCUAUCAACACAUUUGCAGGCGUCAUCCAAUGA